AAGAGCCAGCCCCAUGGCGGAAUCGGAGAGCCCACAGGAGGCCGAAGUACGCCAGUUGGAACUCGAGGCGGUGAUCGGCUUCAAUGGGCAUGUACCCACCGGUCUGAUGUGUCACCCUGAUCAGGAGCACUACAUCUACCCUCUGGGGUGCACAGUCCUCAUUCAGGCCAUAAACCACAAUACACAGCAUUUCCUCCAAGGGCACACCAACAACAUUGCCUGUGUCACUGUCUCCCCGAGUGGACUCUUCAUCGCUUCUGGGCAGGUCACUUUCAUGGGCUUCAAGGCAGACAUCAUCUUAUGGGACUAUGAGAAGAGGGAGAUGUUGGCCCGCCUGUCCCUGCACAAAGGCAAAGUGGAAGCCCUGGCAUUUUCUCCAAACGACAGGUACUUGGUGUCGCUUGGAGGCCCGGAUGAUGGCAGUGUGGUACUCUGGAGCGUCGCCCAGAGAGAUGCCAUCUGUGGAAGCCCAGCAGCUGGGCUCAACGUGGGGAACGCCACGACGCUCAUCUACUCCAACUGCAGGGAUGAGAUGUUCGUCACAGCCGGAAAUGGCACAAUUCGGGUAUGGGAACUGGACUUACCAAAUCGAAAAAUUCGGCCGACAGAGUGUCAGACAGGACAGCUGAAAAGAAUCGUCCUGAGCAUCACAAUGGCGGAAGAUGACAGCUAUUUCUACAUUGGCACGACAACUGGCGAUCUCCUGAAAGUGAACCCCCGGACCAAGCUGCUAAGUGAUACCGGCCCCCUGAAGGACAAGUUCAGCCAGGGAAUUACAUCUAUCAAGGUCCUGAAGAUGGGUGGUGUGUUGGUGGGCUCUGGAGCGGGAGUCUUGGCUCUGUGUCAGGGCCCAAGUUACAAACCAAUCAAGAAGGUCCAGCUCCAAGGUGGGAUCACGUCCAUCAGCCUCCGUGGGCAGGGCCACCAGUUCUUUGUGGGGACCGAGGAAUCGCACAUUUAUCGACUCAACUAUACGGACUUCCGGGAGGAACUCAUCUCUACGUGCCACAACGAGGCUGUCCGGGAUAUCGUUUUCCCAGUGGGUACCUGCGACUUGUUUGCUACCUGUUCCAAGAAUGACAUCCGAGUGUGGCACACCCCGAGUGGCCGGGAACUCUUACGGAUCACAGUGCCAAACAUGACCUGCCACGCGCUCGAUUUCAUGAGGGACGGUCAGAGCAUCAUUUCCGCUUGGAGUGAUGGUAAGAUCCGAGCCUUCACACCCGAGACGGGCCGCUUAAUGUAUGUGAUCAACAAUGCCCACAGCAUCGGCGUGACGGCCAUUGCCACCACCAGUGACUGUAAGAGGAUCAUCAGCGGGGGUGGCGAAGGACAGGUGCGGGUGUGGGGGAUCAGCUCCCAAAGCCAGAAGCUACAGGAAGCCCUGAAAGAGCACAAAGCCUCCGUGUCCUGCAUCAAGGUGAAGAAUGAUAACCAGGAGUGCGUCACAGCCAGCACAGAUGGGACCUGCAUCAUAUGGGACCUGGUGCGUCUCAUGAGGCAUCAGAUGAUCCUGGCCAACACCUUGUUCCAGUGUGUAUGCUACCACCCCGAGGAGGUCCAGAUUCUCACGAGCGGAACUGACAGGAAGAUCGGCUACUGGGAAGUAUAUGAUGGAUCACUCAUCAGGGAGUUGGAUGGCUCCCUGUCUGGUUCCAUCAAUGGGAUGGAUAUCGCUCCUGACGGGACCUACUUUGUUUCUGGUGGCGAUGACCAACUGGUCAAAGUGUGGCACUAUAACGAGGGCGAGGUAACCCACGUUGGAGUGGGGCACAGUGGCUGCAUAACCUGUCUCAAGAUAAGCCCAGGAGCCCGCUAUGUGGUCAGCGUGAGUGCUGAUGGUGCCAUCCUCCGAUGGAAAUACCCGCAUCCUCUCUGAGGGUCAGGUGGGGCCAUGGCCAGACCUCCGCCACCCCCCGCCCAAACACCUCCCCUCUUGUCUGGUCAGGCUCUUGUCCUAUAAACAGAUGGUCAGGUGAA